AUGGAAAACAGCAGAAAGUCUGCAGAAAUAGGGAAGAAGCACUACGACAAGAAGAUUCGUUGUACAGAAUUAAAGCCAGCAGUCCGAGUCCUGAUGCGAAACCUCUCAGUCCUGAUACGAAACCACGUGGUGGUGGAAAGGAGAAAUGCCAGUAUUCGUGGUUAAACCCGAGGGCCUAGCCACGAACAAAAAAAGAACUCUUCAUAGAAUCUCCUCCUUCCUUGUGACUUCUUGUCCCCAGAUAAUUCAAUGGAUCUUACAGCAGCGGUUAAACCUGAACGUUUAAGAAAUGAACGGAAGGCUCAAAAUAGUGGGGAAGGUGCGGAAUAUGAAGAAUCUGAACGUGACAGUGAUGAUGAAGAAUUUUGCGGAUUUACUCCUGCUGAAGUGUAUGCUGACCAGCCUGCAACAACAACAGAAAAUUUGGCCGAACCACUUGCGACAACUAUGGAGACUUGUGAAGUACUGGAUGCUGGGUUACAGGAACAAUUCGGUGAUAAUCACGGUCAAGAUACCGAUGAACCAAUAGAAGAACCAGCAACUCGUACAGACACUGCCGAGAACGAAGACCCAACAGAGGAAGCCGUGCUUCGACGGUCAGUGCGGACGCGACGGCCACCUAACAUGCUAAAUUACGAUGCAAUGGGUAGUCCGACAGAAUUUCCGCCUUACUUGUCAAGUGUACAGAUGGUAAACGAAGGACUGUUCCCUCCACAAGAGAUGUUUUGUUCCCCUUUUCCUCCGUAUUAUAACAUGCCUACGUUUUACCCUCAACCUUUUCCCAAUCAUUUUUACCCUCAACGUUUUCCCAAUAAUUAGCUACCCUUUCCACAACCGAUUCCCCAGAUUCCUACUCCACCUUUAUACUGGCAACCACCCGUCUACUACGGCGGUCCAAGCUGUGCAUAUGCAUAAUAGAUGGUUUAUCAGAUACUUUAGUUAAUAUUUUGGGUAUCUAUGAAGAAAAAAAAAUUGAACUUGUGAUGCUGCAUAAAAGAUGCAAAGAAAAUGCAUUAAACAAGGACGGCGCUAGUAAUAACAGAUACAACUUGCAUUUAGAUUUGUUUAGGCUUGAUCACCCUAUAGACAAUAGCAUGCGUGUUUCGUUGGAACAGAGUGCGAAUGGACACACUUAUUAAAAAGUGGGGGAGAGUGCGAGGGGUAUAUCCGUUUAGGAUGAGAAAACACCCUGCUGAGAAAACACCCUGGUAUUGUCUGGUCACGUGUAUCCCAGAAUCUGGGAGGUAACAAUAAAUUUCAAUCAGGUGGGUGACUAAGUACGUUUUGUCAUUGAGCAAGGAGUGGGCGGAGAAAUAACGCAGAAAUCAUGCAGGAAAUAUUUACAAGAUUGCAUAUUUUAUUUGUCACGAAUGCUAUCAAGUUACACAAUAAGGAAUAUCAAAUUUCAUUGUGGGCAGAAUGUCGAUGAGCAAAGACAGAUCGGAUUUCAAUAGACAAAUUAUGCUAUACGGCUCGUCGAAGAAAUCACACGUCGUCGCAAACGUUACAAAAAGGAGUUAUUUGCUUCAGCGAAUAAUCAAUUUAUUGCUUCCGUGGGAAUUUUGUAGGGAUAUUUAGGGAUUCGGGGUAGCACGCAAAAUGGGGGUUAUGGAGGGAACGUCGCAGGGAAACUCGUUCAACCAGUUUUAUUUCCCGUGGAAUUUUGCAACACAUCAGUGAAUUUCCGUGUCACGCUUCACGUGCAUCUUGGGCCUAUUAUAUAAAAACGUUGAGCGUUAACAGCUCAAGAUCAUUCACAUUUGGCUUCGCAAGGCAAGUUUUCAAGUCCUCACAAGUCUUCCUUUCUGUAUAAAGGUAUCGUAUCGCUUGUUUAUUGUAUAUUUCAAUAUGAACGGUUCAGUACCACAGAUUUUAGUUUUUGGCCAUUCGUUUGUUCGCCGUUUGCGGGAUGACUUGGUUAGUCAUUUUGAUUCCCGUGCGAAACAAAAUUUCAACUUGGCUUCGUCAGCAGGCGUAUAUUUGCACGGCAUAGGCGGUCGUACGGUUGACAAGGUCUUUCAAUACGACUUGCCUUUUCUUAAGAGUCAACAUUCGGACAUUAUUAUUUUGGAAUUGGGCACUAAUGACUUAUCCUUUUUGUCUCCGGAAGCGGUGGGCUCACGUUUGGAGGAUUUAGUUUCACUGUUAAGGGAUAAUUUGCAUGUUAGCGUUGUCGCUUUGUGUCAGGUGAUUGACCGUUGUUUACCGCAUUCACAAACGCCUGACACGGUAUUUAAUACUAAGGCGGCACUUUUGAGACAGUAUUUAUCUGUGGUACUGGACAAUAUGCCUGGUGUUUUCUUGUGGGAACAUCGUGCAUUUUGUAAAGCUGGCAAAAAUUUGCUGUCCUUAGAUGGGGUGCACGCUAACCCCCAUGGACAGUUUAGCUUAUAUAAAAGCUAUCGAGGAGCGAUCUUGAAGGCUCUCUCGCUUUUACGUUAAUGUGUCAUGCACGGGAAUUUACCAGCUUUUCCCAACUCAAGUUUUUUGCAUUGUUUUCCUAAUUUUGGUAUUAAAUUUUGGUAUUAAAUUUUGGCCAAUACUUAUAAAUGUUUGAUGACUUUGAUGACUUUAUGGCCAUAUAUGUACUUGUUAUACUAUACAUAUUGAUUGUUGUAUACUGAUUUGUUCAAUAAAGUUUGUUGCCACCUUUGGAUAGCCUUCCUUGAUGGCAGGUUUAUCACCCUGGGCCCAAGGGAUAUAUGAAUAUUUGGGUGUGCACACAUGGUUAUGGCUGUUGUGACCCCUGUUGCGCAUUCAGCAAUUAUAUUCAGCUGGGAGGUAGCCAUUCAUGAAACAAGUGGCUUGGCAUAGAUGGUAAAUCUGUCCAGUUUGUUGUCUGUUGAUGUUGUUUGUUUUAUGGUAUUUAUAUGUUGUGUUAUUUCUGUAUUGGUUUUACAGUCAUGUUCUGUCUUUGAAUUUACGUGCUUGUUAGCAUAAAUUUAGGCCACUGUUGCUUUUCUGCUGAAUGUAUGCCUACAUGGGACAGGAUUGUUAUUCCAGGUGCCCAUAGCUGGAUUCAAUAUACAGUGGGUUGCCAUCAUGUUGUUAAGUGCUUUUGCCCAGUUGUGUGUUCGGCUACCUUUGUGGUAUGCCAUGCUCAAUAAAACUUGUGUUGUCCAUUAACGAUUGGAUUAUGUGUUAUUGUCACUUGUGUUUACAUGUCCUUGUCCGAUACAGGACUACUUACUCCUAGAUGUGAGGGUUUGAAUAUAUAGGAUGUUUGCAGAUGCUUGUUCUAGUUUCUCUUUAGACUAUGCCAGCCACCCGUCCCAGCACCAGAAUACAACGCCGUGCCCAAUCGACACCUUGGUCUCGACGUGCAUCCAGCCAUGUUCAAGCAAGGGAACCAGCUCCUCCCAUUGCUACAGCUGCGUCUUCUCAGGCAACUUCAUCGGCUGUGACAGCUGUCUCGGAUCUCGCAGAUGCAACCGUAACAAGGAUUGCAUCUGUGGUUGCCCAGGCAGUUGUUGCGGCCAUACAGUCACCAACUCCUUCUGCGGUUGUUGACACCAGGGAGGUACCCCUUAAUGGUCGCUCUGAGUCUGGUGCCCAAGUGCAGGGGCCAGUGACAUCAGCCUUAGAGCACCUCACAGGUGAGCAUGUUAAUCUGGAGGUUGUGCGUCCACCAUCAUCGGGCUCUCAUGUGCAGUUUAAUUCUAUUACCAUCCCAAUUGAUGCUCAGGUCAGUCCCAAAAUAAAGACUAAAAUUUGGGCAAAUGAGUUUAUUGAGUUUAUUGAGUUUGGUGAAACAAGAUAUCAGCUUUCACUGGCACAGAGUGAAAGUUCGGUGCCAACACUUUCAUUAGAGCCAUCCUCUAAGAUUAAACCCAUAUACAGUAUUGAUGCGUGGACAUCAGCCUUCCAGAUUUUUUGUUGGGGUUUACACCAGUAA